AUGGUAGAGGGUCACAGCGACACCCUCUUAAUGGUCGAUGGUUGUACCGAUACGGAGAAGCAGGAAGCGCAGACUCUAUUGCUUGGAGGCGACAGCACACGGGAGCAGUUGCUUUCAGAACUAUCGUUUCUGGCGGAAACGGUAACAAGGGUGCUUCCCUCCGCAGAAGUUGCUUGCAACCAAGUAAACCUCCGACUGAUUGUGCAUAUGAUGGAGGUGAUAUCAAAGUAUCCCACUUUGGGCUCACUUCUGGUCAUGUCACCCAGGAGACUAGAUGAAGUUAUGGAAGAAGUGCUAAUGAACUGGCUGAGACACGAAGCGGCCUUGGUGGCGAUAGAUAAGGAAGCCAAUCUUCUUAACAAACCAUGCUAUCAUGUAGUCGAACCUGCCACGAGAAACGUUCCUACCUGCGAGGUACGACCGGGUGACGCGAACUUUCCGUGCAUGAUAUGUGUGCACACAUCCCGAUGGUCAUGCGCCUUUUGGGAUUUGAUACGGGCAGAGGAGCUGAAGGUAGGGUUGCAUGUCGCUGCGGACGGGCUGCCGAGUUUUCUUCAACUUCAAGGCCUGCGUUCGAUGCACAGCCGGCCGGGUGAUGGUUUAAUCGGGAGCGGGAGAUGGUGGGAAGUUAUAGGGCACAUCACUAGUAUUUUCUUCCUCCACCGCGAAUCAAGCGACCCGAUGCCUAUUGCGGAGCUGCGAACCCAGACCUCCAACGGUGUCGGUGUCGUGGCUCAACAACCACUUUGGCUAGAUCUCUCAUUCAUUCCUCAGCUAGAAAUGAAGGAAACGCUGGUGGUCGGUGAGCGUAUUCAUGCAGUGGGAUUAGUGGAAACAUCCGCAAUUGGUCGAGGGACAACCUUAUAUUCGAAAAAGGGACCCGAUUCUUCACCCACACGGAUUCUGCUGAAAGCUCGCUUUGUUCGGACGGCACGGUUUUCCCCGCAGUGGUCAAAUCAGCAGUCAACCGCGGAGGCAUUAACCCCACCCUUCCCUUCAGCGCGCCCAUGUGGCGGGGUAGGAAUGGCAAAAACAAGUGAGCACAAUGAGGUUUGCGCUGUUUAUCAAGCGAGGUGCUGUUGGGAAUGCGUGGCCGGCGCGGUUACGUUUGCUGCCGCGAAAGCUGGCGGAGGAUUCAGGGGGUCGCAUGGGAGAACGAGAAUGGAAGCAAUUCUGGCGGCACUAGAUGUCUCCGCGUUGCCGAUCUCACUGUGGGCGGCAGCGGGUAUCGUCCUCGCGUCCUCGAAAUUGCAGGACGGUGGUGUCGUCACUAGUGUGGUGGGGUCGGCAGAUACCCUUACUCCACUGCGGACAUUCUUGCUUGAGCUGGGGGAGGAAACAAAUUUUGUGUCACCGGUGGUACAUGGGUUGGAAAAAGCACUACUUCCAAUGUAUGCACGCGCACCAGCUUCCCAUGUAAUGUUACCUACGGAAGACGGGGUGGCUCCCCACGUCGAGUGGGUUCGAGGGGGCACACUGAACACAGCUUUUCAGCAAGUUGUUUUCAUACCAUCGCUACAAGCAAUCACCACACCAGCCCUAAACGCAAUACAAAGCGCACUUGAGCAACGGGAACACGUUGUUAUCCGUGAGGGAGGCCAGUCGGUUAAAUGUCGUACCGCCAGUGCCCUGCUGGGUAUGACCCAGGAAUCGACAUUAGUACAGCAGCGGCACCUUUUUCAGUUCAUUGACAAGGGGGACUUCGUUUUACACGUGUCAUCGCAUUCAUUCAAAUCCCCUCAGGAGCAAGCAGAAGUGCUUUUUGGCGCACUGCGAGGGAAUGCUGAGUGUGACUGCAACCUGACGGUUGAUUUCUUUAACCGGUGCGAGAACCAGUGGGACGUGUGGUACGCUUGGUCGUUAGCUCGUUCGGUUGAGGAGCCAACCGUACCGCAAGUCUUGCCACAAUGUUCGGCACUACUCCAUUCGUACUUUCUGACAGUUAAAGCCAUAUGUAGGGAUGCAGUUGAUGUGGUCAUGAUGAGUGUAUUGGUAAAGAUUACUUGUGCUCACGCGUUGCUGCGACAUGUUGGCCAUCCACGAGCCGCACGAAGGGGUAGUAGUUCAAGAGAGAAAAAAACUUGUGCUUGCCAAGUCUCUGCGUCCACGGGCCCAGUAUCGACAGCUUUGGUUGAUGCCAUAGUGGCCAUUGAGCUCUGCGAUGCGUCGCUGAGGUUUAUGGUUGGCGUCUCUUUGAUCGGAGGGACGUCAGUUUUUGAUCUCAUAGUAAACGAUGAUGGUUUUGAUGUUAUGCAGUAUGCAAGAGAUCUUCAGAUACACUUAGAGUCGAGCAUGCCGGCAGAUGCAAAGUGA